AUGAGCCUCGACUCUCUGGUACCCAUCGCGCCUGCGAGGGUACGCGCACUUGUAGUGCCUGUAGGGAGGAUCACCAGGGACAAAUUUACUUCCUUUGUCAAGAGACUCAACGAGGAACAUGUCGUCCACCUCAGAGACAUCAGCGCCGAUGGGCGCCCCAAUCGAACCAUGUUCUCCCCAUUGGCAUUCCCUCAUGGAGCCAUGUUCUACGACCUCAUCACCUACGUCCCACCGACUUCGCAUCUCGCCCUUUCCCCUUUUGACCUCUGGCGCGAACCGCUGGCCGUCAUAGCCAUAGCCGACGGAAGCGAGCUCAACCGUGAAGCAUUUAGCAAGAGACAGUCGCUCACUGCGCCAACCACAACGGAAAGAAAUAUAAGAGCGCUGUAUCAGGAGCUGGAGACCCUCCGGGAUAGACAUGAGAAAGCCCUCAUUCAUCAAGUAGUAAUCUUCGACUAUGUACAACCCGAGGGGCAGCCCAUCACCAUUCCUGAAGGCGUCAAAGUUGUUCCACCUGUUGAGCAGUCAAAACGGACAACGAUGAAAACAGUCAUGUGCGACAUGUCCUCGCUGCUGUUGGCGGAAAUGACCACCCUAGCCAAAUCGUUUGAGCACAUGACCGCGAUUGAAUCUCCAGGUCACGCUUCUAGGCCGCAAAUGAACGGUUCGCACACCACGGAAGAUGCGAAUAAUCACCGGAGGAACUCGCAAUUUGCUCUGCCAACGAGAUCGGUAUCUUCAAGCGGCGCCGUGGAUAAGAGCCAGACGCGUAUGUCCAUGCCUGCUGCCUUCAAAGGUUUGCCUUUUGGCUCCAGCAGCUCCACGCCGUCAAACCGCCCAUCGACCCCUGUGAGAAAGAAUAGUACAGCAUCACAGGCGCCAGCGGCCACUGACGAAAUGACGAAUGGCAGCGACCAAGGCUCAGCAAGCCCGGAGCAGAAGUCUUCCAGACCUGGAACCGCUGAGGGGUUCAAAUCCUCGUCCUCCGAUAAGGUCUCGGUACAAGGCUUUGGCCCUGGCGGGCCAAAUGAGAGGUGGCGCAACAAAGGCAAAGGGCGGAUCACGAUUGUGGUGGGCUCCUUAUACCUUCAAGCGGGACGAUGGGUGGAUGCGCUCAAGGAACUUACCGAAGGCGCGACAGUUGCCAAAUCUAUCAAUGAUCACCUGUGGCACGGCAAGGCUCUUGACCUUAUAGUGGUGUGCCUUCUUUUGCUAGGAUGGGCAGGCAUCGAGUUCCAAGUACCAUCAUUAUGCCUUUCUCCAGACAGGCCCGCAAGCAAGGGGGCAGAGAUCGAGGAAGUUAUACCAGAUCAACCAAAAUAUCUACGAAAUUUCCAGGCCAUCCUGCCCGAGUUGCUGGAAAGAAUCGUCGGGCUCUUUUCAAGGAUAUCUGGGGAGCAAUUGCCACCACUUCCCUUGUGUCAAACAGUCAUAAGAUUUUGCAGUCUUCUGACUUCUCUGCACAUUUGCCAGGGGCGUUUGGAUAAAGAAUUCUUAGAUAUGGCAGUACUGGGGACGAGCUCUCAUCGACCUUUGACUUCUUCGCCACGAUUAAAUAUCACACCGACUCGUACGCAAAUUGCGAGUCUCCUUUUCAGAGCUUUCCCUUCUUCAGCACCCGAGCUGAUUACGACAGUGGACCGCGCCCUUGUUUUAAAUGGCAUCGCAACCGUCAUGGGCACACUAGGUUUCCACAGAAAGAAAGCAAUGGUCCUGCGAGAGUUGGUUGGUGUGCUGAUUGGCGGCCUCGUCGAUGCUCGAACCCGUGGCGCGGCCGAAGUUGGUAUACACCCAGCUGCCGGCUUAAUGGCUCUGAACGCCGUCAAUGGUAGUAAUGGUAAUGGUGCCGGAGCGCUUGAACUAGGCGAGGGCGAUGUUGAGCAUGGAAUCGACGCCUUUCUCAACAUAUUAUGCAAGACCUAUGGUGCUGUUGGCGCUGAUGGCAUCACGCGCUCGGGGACUACUCCCCUUGACGAUUACAGCGACAAAACGGUCAUAUCGAGGAUUGAAAAUCAAUCCAUGGUUCGACAGUACGGCAUCAGGAACGUCAAAUUAAACGUUCUUCGAGCCUGCAUCAACAUCUCGGAGGCACUGCCCGACUUCAAUGGAGUACUUAAAUUCUCGGGCGACCUACUUCGUACCGCCGGUAGUGGCGUUGCACCAGGACCGCGUCGUGAAGAUGCUGCUCCAAUAAUCACAAGGGAAGAGCAAAUUCGACUGGUUAACAAUAUUGUAAAGACUACGGAGUUAUCGAAAAGAUUAGGUCUGGGCCAUCUCGCAGCCGAGUUUUGGGACGAGUUUCUGGUUCGGGGCAUCUCGUUGGACCGUCUACCCACCACUCGAGCACCUGUUCCACAUGAUAAAAGCGUGUUACCAGGGGCAAAUACCGUGCGCACCUCUCAAGACGUCAACCCCUUCAUAUAUAACCCGUUCGUCAGAGCACCUGACAAGGUCGCAGUAGAGCGAACUCUUGUCACUGGAGAAGCUGCUACUUUCCGCGUUACACUGCAGAACCCCUACGAGAUUGAGUUGGAGAUUGAGAGCAUAAAACUCGACACCGAAGGUGCCGCUUUUGAAUCUUCAGUGGAGAGUACCGUUAUUGGACCCUACCGUACGCAGAUCUUGAAAGUCUUUGGCACACCCAAAGAAGCUGGGUCUGUAAAGGUCACGGGUGCCAUUGUGCGUGUCCGCGGGUGUCGGGAGAGGAGAUUCCCCAUCUUUCCCCAGUCCUGGGUAGCAGACAGUGAGGUCAAGGUUAAGUCCAUUGGGCUUGCGUCGGUAGAAACGACGAGCAGUCUCUAUGAGAGCAAUCAGAUGAUUCGACCCGGCCCGGACCUCAAGCCCGAAAGCAUGAGCUUGAACGCCAUAUCUGCACAACCAAUUAUAGUGGUCAAGUCGACAACACUACCGCAGUCUGCCGUCAUGAUUCUUGAAGGCGAGCGGCAGGUAUUCUCGAUUACACUGCGCAAUCUAUCGACAGAAACCCCCGCAGACCUACUCCUCUUCUCUUUCCAAGACUCAACACAAGGGCCUCUGCAAACGGCUGUGGCCAAUAGAGACGCGACACCCGCUGAACUUUAUGAAUACGAGCUUGCGCUAGCCAAGAAACCAGCAUUGCGGAUGCGCAAAGUAGAUGACACCAAGAGGUUCAUCCCGCCAGGAGGCACAAAUACGUUUGAAAUCGAGAUCUUGGGCAAGCCCGGCUUGACGAGUGGCACUGUUCAGGUCGAUUAUGCUUAUCUCGGCGUGCCUCAGGAUGAGAUCAAAGAGCAAUUCUACACUCGACAAGUCUGUCUAGACAUGGCAGUAACGGUGAACGCGAGUAUCGAGCUCAACAGGAUGGACCUACUUCCCGUGCAAGGAAACGUGCCGAGCCCACUUUGGCAAAAGCUCACCUUGGAACAGACAGACGAAGAGCUCGACCCGGACAAGUAUUGCCUUGUCGUGAUGGAUCUGAGGAACGCUUGGCCAAGCCACAUGCAAGUUCACUUCGAGUCUGAGAAGAGUUUUACUAUUGAUGAACUCAUUCUCCCGGGCAACACAAAUCGUGUCGUCUUUCCGAUUCCCCGAGUCUACCUCGAGGACCCAUACGCCACCAUUCCAGCCAUCAAUCCCUCACGGCAGCGCCAAUUCGUUGUUAGUACCAGCAAGAUUACGCCCGAAACCGAGCGUGCGAACCGUGAGGCUUUCUGGUUUCGCGAGCGGGUCGUUGACUCCCUCCGAGGAAGCUGGAAGACCCUCUCGGGGCCGCCAAGGUCCGGGACUAUCGAGCUACGUAGCAUGCGCCUUACCCCACGGAUGGUCGAAGCUGUCAAGAUUGAUGAGGUUGCCAUUGAUGUGGCUGUCGUUCCUAUCAACGGGUCGGACAAUGGCUCAAACAUCAUUUAUGUCGAUGACUUUGCUCAGGUCAAGGUGACUCUUCGCAACCGUACUCUGGAGCCUAUAUACCCAACUCUGCGACUGUUGCCAACGCUUUGCCAUCGGCCACUCAAUGUGGCGCUGGACUUUACGCGCAAAUUAGGCUGGAAUGGGACCUUGCAACGGUUCUUACCUAUGUUGGAACCAAAACAGAGCACCGAGGUGGUCAUUGGGCUUACCGCUUUGUGUAGAGGCGAUUUUGAAUUUGUGGCCAGCGUCGAGGAGACAAGACUAUGGGAGGAAGGUGAGGACACGGGCAAGGGAGACACUGGAGGGGAGGACAAGAUGGGACGAGAGCGCUCAGAUACCCAGAAGAUGCUGGAUGCCGUGCUCGGUCCGAGAGAGAGGAGGAUCUGGCAUUCUAGACAUAAAUGUUUGGUCCGUGUGCGGGACCGUGAAGACGAGAGCGAUUGA